AUAUGCCUCUGGCACAGCUGAGCCAAAAAAAAAAAAAAAAAAAAAGCUCAAGCUGUUGCAGAAACUGGGAAUGCAAAUGAAAAGAACCCACUUUUACUAACAUCUCUGGGACAUUUGAGAGUCAGGGUUCCAAGCCCCUCAUUUAAAGGAAAUUAUUGCAACGAUAAUUAGGAAACCUACCAAACUGGACAACAAUGUGCUGCAGUGGGACAUCUGUUUAAGAUUCAGCAGUUUUCCUUCUGGAUGUCAGGAUCUUAUUGAGGAGAUUUCUGCGUGGAGUGAAGCUUGCUGAAGACUACCUCUUGGAUUCUUCGCUGAGGAAAUUUUGAUCUGGAUUGUCAAUGAGCAACACAACACAAUGAAGACCUGCUCAGGAAUUUGGCAGUCCAGACAAGAGAAUAAUGGAUACAGAGCUAAACAUCAGCUUCCUGACUCACAGCUCAAAUCCUUAGCCACAGUGCAAUGACUUGCCCAAGGCCAUUUAGUCAGUGGCUUGGCUUGAUUCAAAUCCAGCACCAUCCAUUACACCACCCCAAUUCUGAUACAGCAACUUCUACUAAGCUUCUUCUUCCUCAUGUUUCACCAUGAUCUUCCUGGUUCUGCUUGUCUGGACUGUGCCCUGCAUAGCUAAUCAGCUCCUAAGUAGCUUUGUAAAAGCAGAAAUUCAGAAAGGCUCCAAGCAACUUGUAUGCAGCAUCCCAGGACCACAAGGCCCUCCGGGCCCUCCUGGAGCUCCAGGUUCCCACGGGACUGUAGGGAGGAUGGGUUUCCCAGGAAAAGAUGGACAGGAUGGAAAGGAUGGGGAGAAAGGAGAGGAAGGAGAGGAAGGUCCACAAGGCAGAACAGGAAAUCCAGGCAAACCAGGACCAAAAGGAAAAGCAGGAGCCAUUGGUAAAGCUGGACCUCGUGGUCCAAAGGGCCUAAAGGGGAACCCUGGGAAAAGUGGAGGAACAGGAAAGAAAGGCCCCAAAGGAGCACAGGGUGACCCCGGGAUGCCAGGCCCUUGCAGCUGUGGGGCCAACAAAGCCAAAUCGGCCUUCUCUGUUGCUGUAACCAAAAGCUACCCAAGAGAGAGGUUGCCCAUCAAAUUUGACAAAAUCCUUAUGAAUGAAGGUGGACAUUACAAUGCAUCCAGUGGGAAAUUUAUCUGCAGAAUCCCUGGGAUCUACUACUUCACCUAUGAUAUCACUUUGGCCAAUAAACACUUGGCUAUUGGGCUGGUACAUAAUGGGCAGUACAGGAUAAAAACAUUUGAUGCCAACACUGGUAACCAUGACGUCGCUUCCGGAUCAACUAUCCUCUCCCUGAAGAAGGAUGAUGAAGUCUGGCUGCAGAUAUUCUACUCAGAACAAAAUGGACUCUUUUAUGAUCCCUACUGGACAGACAGCCUUUUUACUGGCUUUCUGAUAUAUGCUGACCAGGAAUAUCUCAAUGAAAUAUAAGGGGAGACUGCCACCAUCCAUGAAUCCUAACAGAAAUAAGAGCAUGUCCAUGCAUCUGUGAAAUAUCCCUUUUUCUACCGUAGCAGACCUAACCUGGACUAUGACCCAAAACUACUGCUACAGUAUUUAUAGAUAAACAGUCUAAACAUUU